AUGAGGUUGUCUCACGCUGCCUCAUGGGCUGCCUUCAGUCUCGCCUAUGGCGUUCUUUCUGUAGCCGCCGAGGCAGACAGCGUCCGGAAUUACGCGGACAAUGAGUUGAACACGCAAGAAAUCUUGGCGGCGAUGCCAGAAGAAUCCUUUGUCGAGAUUCACGAGGUGACGGUCACUUUAGAGGAUAUCCCAGACAAACCGAGUCCGCGGCACGAGCAGGAGAAGAAGAAUCUCCUGAAGCGACUGAGCAAGUCCCACGGUAAAUGGGACACCAAUCACCCCCGCCAUCGGCUCCUCGAGGCCUUGUUUGGAUUCAGUCGAUACAAGGCCCGCCAGAUGGCUGAGCUUGACCGGUGGAAGGGGCUGUACAAGCACGUAUCCAAGGCACAGAAGGCGGUUCUCGAAAAGGCCGUUGGAUAUUCAAAGAAAUUCGAGACGGCAGAAAAUCUUCUCGAUGUGAAUCAGGCGUUAUGCGAUGAGAUUGUCGAAUCGGCGCUCGAGUUUUACGGUAUCAGUCGCAAGGAGCUGGAUGAUCAUGCCAAGGCCAAGGACAACGCUGGCCAGCCUGCUGACAGAGUAAGCACAUCCCAAGCCCUGAAACAUUUUGUUAGGGAUUGGUCGACUGCCGGCCAAGGCGAGCGAGAUGAUGCCUUCCCCUGUAUUCUCGGUACUCUGGACAUGCUUUUUCCAGAUCGCUCUAAGCAGGGAGACAUCAAAGUUCUGCUUCCGGGAGCCGGCGCUGGCCGUCUGGGUCAUGAAAUCUCCGCUCUCGGAGGCUUCGAGGUCACGAGCAACGAAUGGUCGAUGUUCAUGAAUCUCGCUUAUCGUUUUCUCGAGUCCCACACUCGCCCGGCUUCUCAGGCUUUCCACCCGUUUGUUGAGGGAUGGUCGCAUCACGCGACAGCAGCAGACAUGUUUCGUCAGGUGUCCUUCCCUGAUAGGCGGGUUAACGCCAGUGCCGUGCUACUUGUUGAAGGUGAUUUCGCUUCAGCUUUCAAGUCGUACUCUGGCCAGUAUGAUGUCGUGGUGACGCACUUCUUCCUCGACACGGCUCGCAAUGUCAUGAGCUACUUCAAUACGAUCCAUUCCGUCUUGAAGCCCGGAGGGUACUGGGUCAACUUUGGGCCUCUCAUGUGGGGAACCGGUCCUUUCGUCCAGCUUUCUCUUGAUGAGGUCAUUGCAGUGACCAAGAACAUGGGGUUUGAAUUUCUGGAUAUCGGGCAGGAAUGCGGAGAGGUGACGUUUGGAGAAGAAAAGGUGCGCAGUCAGGAGGCAGUAUAUGGGUUCAACGAGAGGGCUUUGACGAAGAAUGCGUACUCAGCUCAAUCUUGGCUGGUAAGAAAAAGCCGAUAG